AUGGCUAUUAGCCAUAACCGCAGGCUUGCACGUGAUAACGACACAAGGUGGAAUUCGUGGUAUACCAUGCUGCGAGCGGCAUUGAAUCUCAGAGAUGCAAUUGACGGCUAUUUCAACAAAUGGGUAGAAGCAGAUUGCGCUGGAGACGAGCUCUCUUCAGAAGACUGGAUCACUCUCGAGAAAAUAAAUACGUUUUUAGAGAAGCUCAAAAUGACAACCAAAGCUCUGGAAUUAGAGAAGCUCAAAAUGACAACCAAAGCUCUCGAAUCAUCGUUUGCAACACUCGAUCAUGUUCUUUUGGCUAUGGACUUCGUGUUGGCCCAAUUCGAAGCAGGAAAAGAGACAUAUGCUGAUGAUCCGAUUAUGGCACCAAUGUACAACUCGGGCUGGGCGAAAUUAGAUAAGUACUAUCGCCUUACUGACGAAUCGCCAGCCUACGUUGCAGCGAUUGUGCUCCACCCUUCGCAUAAAUGGCACUAUAUACACGAGAACUGGAAGACGGAGUGGGUUGAGUCGUCAAAGGAGUUGAUUGAGACGCUGUGGGGUGAAUACAAACCGGUGGAAUCACCCUCUCUCUCCGAGGCACCAUCGACGACAACGAACGAGUUCUUGAAAUGGAGGAACAAGUAUCUACAACCAGCACCUAUCACAGACGAAUACGAGCAUUAUGCGCCAUUCGCGACAAGCACGGGUAUCGUCGUCUGCGCUCAUGUCAAUACGUUAUCGGAUCUCUUACGUCGCUGUCCCUGUCCUCCCUCGACGACUGCCAUAGUUCCAGUUCAUCAACAUCCUCGUCUACCCGCGCUGGCGAGGACGAUUCCUCUUUCACCAUACCGCAUCCGGAGACGGGCCGGGUGCGUUCACAAUACGCCUGAAAAGGGUUGUAGUACUUCCGCUGCCGCUUAG